AUGACUCUCAAUUAUAAUGCUGUUCCAUUUGAAAUGAAUCAAUAUCAAACAUAUAUUAAUUCAAAUUCUGGAAAUGAAUAUUUUUCACAACAAUAUAAUAACAAUGGAAUUAUUUUAACAACACCAAAACCUAAUUGGAAUCAAAUGAUUUUAUCAAAUUUUGAAAAAAAUUUUUAUAUAGAAUCACCUAUUGUUCAAAAUCGAUCUAUGACUGAUAUUCAACAUUUUUUAACAAAUAAUCAAAUAACAAUUGAUGGUAAUGCUCCACGACCAUUAUUUAAUUUUGAUGAAGCUAAUUUUCCUGAACCAGUUAUGGAAACAAUAGUUCAAUGUGGUUUUGAAAAACCAACACUUAUUCAAUCAUGUUCAUGGCCAAUAUUAUUAUCUGGUCUUGAUCUUAUUGGUAUAGCAUUAACUGGUUCAGGAAAAACAUUAGCAUUUAUAUUACCAGCAAUAAUACAUGCUAGUCAUCAAGAAUUUGUUAAAUCAGGUGAUAGUCCUAUUGUUCUUAUUAUGGCACCAACACGAGAAUUAGUACAACAAAUUUAUACAGUUGCACAUCAAUUUGGACAAUUAGCACAAUGUAGAACAACAGUUAUUUUUGGUGGAGUUUCAAAAGAAUCUCAACGAAAUUCAUUAUUAAAUGGUAUUGAAGUUGUCAUUGGUACACCUGGUCGUUUGUUAGAUUUUAUUGAAGAAGGUGUUUUAAAACUUGAUCGAAUAACUUAUCUCGUUUUGGAUGAAGCCGAUCGUAUGCUUGACAUGGGUUUUGAACCACAAAUUCGUCAGAUAUGUGAACGUAUACGUUCCGAUCGUCAAACAACAAUGUUUAGUGCAACAUGGCCAAAAGAAGUUCGUAAUUUAGCUAAUCAAUUUUUAUCAACAAAUCGUAUUCAUGUUACUAUUGGAAAUAUUAUCUUAGCAGCUAAUCCAAGUAUUUGUCAGAUAAUUGAAGUUUGUACAGAAUCUCAAAAACAAAAUCGAUUUAUAGAAAUACUUCAUGAAAUAAUGAAAUUAAAAAAUGGUAAAACACUUGUUUUUUGUCAAACUAAACGACGUGUUAAUGAAAUUUAUCUUAUAACAAAACAAAUGGGUUUUCCUGUUCUUUAUAUUCAUGGUGAUAAACAACAAUCUCAACGUGAUUAUACUAUGAAUGAAUUUCGUCGACGACAACGAGUUAUUUUGAUUGCAACAGAUGUUGCUGCUCGAGGUCUCGAUGUUCAAGAUAUUCAAUUUGUUAUUAAUAUUGAUUUUCCAAAUCAAACUGAAGAUUAUGUACAUCGUAUUGGUCGAACAGGACGCAAUAAAGAAGCUUAUGGAACUUCAUAUACAUUUUUUACAUCUGAAAAUGCUAAACAAGCACCAAGUCUUGUUCGAGUUUUACAAGAAGCUGGACAAAAUGUAAAUCAAGAUUUAAUGAAAAUAGCUGAAGGACAACAUUCUUUAGCUAAUUCAAAACAUGGAUCGAAAAAUCAAAUCUAUAAUAAUAGUCAACAACGAAUGUUAUUUCAACACCAACAACAACAAUCAACAAAUCAUUUUUAUUCUAAUCCAAUUCAUCAAUCAGUUGAAUACAUUCCAACAAUAUCACAAUCAAUGAACUAUAUGCCAUCUAUUAUUUACAAUCAAUUUUAG